CGAAGAGUCUUCCAGUCAGGAUCACACAACGAUAAUGAAUGGAAAGGCAUCGUAGCCAAGAAAAUUCAGCUCAGCAACUAAGUAGCCUUGCUUUAGGUUGGAUUAUUAUUGAAAAAAGAAUUCACAGAAAGAAAUGGAAAUGGAUUGGCCGGGUAAAUCGGAGACCAUUCUUUGGAACAGAAAACAAUUGUAUCCUCAUUGUUACUGUUGAGAUUAGGUUCCGUUUAGAGUAAAUGACAUAUUAGUGUUCUUUACAAAUGCAAAAGUAGCAGUUAUUUUUAAUUGAGACAGAAUGAAACUGGUGUGGUGUAAACUUUUGAUUUAAACUGAAACGUUUGAAACAGAAGCGGCUGUGAUUUGGAAUAACGCACUGGUGCAUUUUGGAGGAACAGAGGGCACUUUCCACGUUUGGAAAAACUUUGGAAUAACGUCGUAAGAAGGAACUUAAUUUAUUUUACUUAAAGGAUACAUUACUUAUUUUAACCAUGGGGAAUAUUGAGAGUGUGGAUGGACAGUCGGACAAUAUGAAGCAUCAUAUAAUGCCGUUGAAAGUGCCCAUUCCUGACCAGUCGGAGUUGGAGGAGAGAUUUGCUUUAGUUUUGAAUUCCAUGAACCUUCCUCCUGACAAAGCCAGACUCCUCAGACAGUAUGAUAAUGACAAGAAAUGGGACCUCAUCUGUGACCAGGAACGGUUUCAGGUGAAGAACCCUCCCCACACCUACAUCUCAAAGCUACGGGGCUACUUAGACCCAGGAGUCACACGCAAGAAGUUCCGAAGGCGGGUCCAGGAAUCCACUAAGGUUCUAAGGGAACUGGAGAUAUCACUGAGGACCAAUCACAUAGGGUGGGUCCGGGAGUUCCUCAACGAUGAGAACAGGGGUCUUGAUAUCCUGGUGGAGUACCUGUCCUUUGCUCAGUGUGCUGUCAUGUUGAGUUUUGAGGGUCUGGAGAUGGGGGAGGAGAUUUCCCUGGACAAGUCUAAGUCCUGGAGUAGGUCUAUAGAGGAUCUGCAUCAGGGCAGCACUCAGCCUUUCUGCAACACGCUGGUCCGCUCUGCUCGCCAGUCUGUUCUCCGCUAUGGCACAGCACCGAACAGCAAAACCAUCAAGAACUCACGACUCGUGAGCCAGAAGGACGACGUGCACGUUUGCAUCAUGUGCUUGCGAGCCAUAAUGAACUACCAGUAUGGCUUCAACCUGGUCAUGUCGCACGCACACGCAGUCAACGAAAUAGCCCUCAGUCUGAACAAUAGGAACUCGAGGACUAAAGCCCUGGUUCUGGAGCUGCUGGCUGCGGUGUGUCUGGUUAGAGGAGGCCAUGAGAUCAUACUCUCUGCCUUCGACAACUUCAAAGAGGUGUGCAAGGAGAAGCAUCGCUUUGAGAAGCUGAUGGACUAUUUCCGUGUGGAGGAUGGGAACAUUGACUUCAUGGUGGCCUGCAUGCAGUUCAUCAACAUCGUGGUUCACUCAGUAGAAGACAUGAACUUCAGGGUUCACCUGCAGUAUGAGUUCACCAAGCUGGGCCUUGACGAAUACCUGGAGAAAUCCAAGUACACAGAGAGUGACAAGCUGUCAGUACAGAUUCAGGCCUACCUGGACAAUGUGUUUGAUGUGGGCGGGCUGCUGGAGGACGCAGAGACCAAGAACGUGGCUCUGGAGAAGGUGGAGGAACUGGAGGAACACCUGUCCCAUGUGACGGAGAAGCUUCUAGACGUGGAGAAUGAGACCAUUACGAAAGUGGCUGACCUGGAGAAGCAGCUCCUACAGAAGGACAAGGAUCUCCAUGUCAUACGGGAGACGUACGAGUCGACCAACACCCAGGUCCACACCCUGAGGAGGAUGAUCAAGGAGAAGGACGCUGCCUUCCAGAGGAGCUUCAACAUCGAGAAGCGCCUGCUGGAGAUGGAACAGCAGGGGACCAUCCGCCUCCGCAAGCAGCCGGACGGGGACAUCGCUAUCGAGCCCCUGGGAGGGGGCGGUGGUGUUGGUGGUGGAGGAGGAGGGGGUGGAGGUCCGGUGGUGCCUCUCGGUGACUUUGGGCAGAACGGAGGGUUCUCAGUGGGACCUGGAGGAGUAACAGGGCCAGGAGGACCAGGAGGACCAGGAACUAGUCUACCAAGGGCCAGUGAAGCACCACCUCCCCCCCCCCCCCCUCCACUUCCCUCUGCUCUAGGAGAGAAUGCUCCAUGCCCACACCCACCCCCUCCUAUGGCUCCGCCUCUACCAGGAACUGCUCCCAAUUUCAUCCUCAAUAUGGGCCUAUCAGCUAUCAGGAUCAAGAAGCCCAUCAAGACCAAGUUCCGUCUGCCUAUAUUCAACUGGACCGCUCUGAAACCCAACCAGAUCAACGGUACGGUCUUCAGUGAGAUAGAUGAUGAAAGAGUACUAGAGGACCUGGAUGUGGAGAAGUUUGAGGAACUGUUUAAGACCAAGGCCCAGGGUCCAGUGGUGGACCUGAGUGGCCCCAAGACCAAGGUGUCUCAGAAGGCUAUCAACAAGGUCUCCCUGCUGGACGCAAACCGCUCCAAGAACCUGGCUAUCACCCUGAGGAAGGCCAACAAGAGCACUGAAGAGAUCUGCAAAGCCAUACAGACCUUCGACCUGAAGGCCCUGCCGGUGGACUUCGUGGAGUGUCUGAUGCGUUUCCUUCCAACGGAGGCGGAGGGGAAGAUGAUGCGUCAGUACGAGCGGGAGCGCCGACCGCUGGACGCGCUGACGGACGAGGAUAGAUUCAUGCUCUUCUUCUCCAAGAUCGAACGGCUCACCCAGAGGAUGAAUAUUAUUACGUUUGUAGGGAACUUCUCAGACAACGUCAACAUGCUAACCCCGCAGCUCAAUGCCAUUAUCGCAGCGUCCGCAUCCGUCAAGUCUUCACCCAAGUUAAAACGAAUGCUAGAGAUCAUCUUAGCUCUGGGAAACUACAUGAACAGCAGCAAGAGAGGAUCUGUGUAUGGCUUCAAACUACAAAGUCUUGAUCUGCUACUGGACACUAAGUCUACAGACAGGAAGAUGACUCUGCUCCACUACAUAGCUGUGGUUGUCAAGGAGAAGUAUCCUGAGCUGGCUAACUUCUUCAACGAACUGCACUUUGUGGACAAAGCUGCUGCAGUGUCUCUGGAGAAUGUGCUGCUGGACGUGCGGGAGCUGGGUAAAGGGAUGGAUCUGAUCAGGAGAGAGUCUAGUCUCCAUGACCACUCCGUUCUCAAGGGCUUCCUCCAGACCAGCGACACUCAGCUGGACAAACUGCAGAAGGAUGCCAAGACCGCUGAGGAAGCCUUCAACAAUGUGGUGAACUACUUUGGGGAGAGUUCCAAGACGACUCCUCCCUCCGUGUUCUUCCCUGUGUUUGUGCGAUUCAUCAGAGCUUACAAGGAUGCGGUGGAGGACAAUGAGCAGAGGAAAAAGCAGGAGAAAGCCAUGAGAGAGAAGUUACUGGCUCAGGAGGCCAAGCAACAUGACCCCAAGGUCCAGGUAGUGAAGAAGAGGCAGCAGCAACAGGAGCUGAUCUCUGAGCUGCGUAAACGCCAGGCCAAGGACCACCGACCCGUAUACGAGGGGAAGGACGGCACCAUUGAGGAUAUCAUCACAGAUCUCCGCAGCCAGCCUUUUCUGCGGAACGACACGCUGAUCCGGACCGGCUGGAAGAGACCCUAAACAAACCACUCGUUCUUCCUCCCUUAUCACCCCUUCCCUUUAUAACCCCCCCCCCCCCCCCUCCCCUCCCUGUGUCCCGGUGGUCUCACCCACCCGAGGCUGCACAGAGACUAAAAGGUUGACAGGACCGAACCAAUGGCCCUUGUUUUACAGGGGUAUUUAUUUAUUUAUGGAGAUCCUUUAUGGACACUGUCUCUCAACAAGCAGGUAUAACUGUAGUAUCACCGACAUAGCCUACCCUACUCUCCCACUGCAAACACACACUGCACACCGCAUACAUGCACACAUGCACACACACAGAUAAUAUUAAGAACAGAACUGGGCAGAAAGAGUCCAAAGAAGAAGAGUAUAGUGGUGAGUUGAGCCCUUAAAGAGGCGGCUCACCUCACACAAGCAGGAAGGAAGGACACUUCAACUGCAUAAGGUGGACAUGGAACCACAAGUGCCUGCUAAUGUGGAUAUUAUUUCCAUGAACCUGGAUUUCGUCAGAUUGUGCAAUCCAAGCAAGAUUGAGACUGGAGACAGUCAGUCAAGUCACUUGGAUAAAUGACAGCAUAUGUUGACUGCUGCUGGGAUUUCCACUUCAAAGAGAACUGGGUUGUGUUCAUAAGGCACCAAACGGAAGAAAACGGAAUGAAACAGGGAGGGACUACCUGAACCAAUAAGAAUCGUCAUUUUGGUUUCCGUUGCAAAACGUUUUCGGUUGUGUGUCCUACCUAAUGAAUAGGACCUAGGGUUUUGCCUUCACAUGAUGUCUGUCUACCGAUUCAAAAAGGACUGAAGAUUAUUGUUAUAUCGGUGGUCUUUUCAGGACAAGCUAGCCAAACCAAACUUUCUCUUGUGUCUUAUUUCGUACUGUGCUAAAAAAAGUGCCUUUUUGACAGUAUUAUUUUUAUGUGACUCAGCCAUAAUGUGUAUCUUUAAAUUCUUUUUUUGUUAGAUUGAAUUUUGUAUUGCCUUUGUAUGAUAACUUUUAAAUACUGUAAAAGAAAAAAUCUGAAUCUCAGCUUUAAUCACUAACAUAUCUAAAGGUUGCUUCUCAGUGCUGUAAUAUAAAUGAGCUUAGGCCAAGUGUCUUCCGAAACGUUAAGAGUGGGUUAAAACAUUCAAUGUUUUUGCUGUCAAUUACUUAUUCAUCUUUAUGACCUACUACAGUACAUUUACCACUUCAGUCGUACAAUUUAAUUACGACUUAAUUACCACCUAAGUCUUAAACACUCCCAAGUUUAAACUGAAUUAUUUCAAACCACUGACAAGCAGAAGGAACUUUACCUUGUUCAGAAUUUGAAAGCAACUGUAAAGUUGGUCUGAAUGUUAUGUAACUGACAAGACUUUCUUGCUUAGCAAGUGAUGAACGUAUGAGGAUGUUUCUAAACUGACUGUUUAGCUUACUUGCAUUUGUUGGUGGGGAAAGAAUGCUUUCCUAUGAGUAUAACCAUGUUCUCAAUGCUUGUUCUCUUUGCUUACAGUUUUAGAACCGCAAUGAUGACCAAUUCUGUUUUAGAACCGUAAUGAUGACCAAUUCUGUUUUAGAACCGUAAUGAUGACCUUAGUAGCCAUCGAGUAAGCAGAAUGAUUGUGCACGCUGAGACUAUCUGUGUUUCAAUAUGGCAUUUCCUCAAAAGGGACCGCCCAUAUUUACACUACUUACAUUACCUUGUUGUACGAGACACGACUCUUAUAGCAGAUAUUUCUAUACACAUUUACAAAUCAAAGAAUAGAAGAAGCCUUGUACUUUUUUGUCAGAAGUAUAAAAUGAAAUAGUGUCUGACAUUUGAUGUAUGUUAUCUUAAAUAUGACUGCACUUCCCCCUUAAUAAAAAAAAUGACAAUGUGA